CUUCUGAUGGACCCUGAGAGCCUUCAACUGGGCACUGAGAACCUGUGGGCCUGGCUUGUGAGGCUGCUGAGUGAAAACUCAGAAUGGCUGGACACCCAGGUUAGGUUCUACCUUUCGACCACGGACCUGGACUCCAGCAGCAAGGCCCCCGAUCCUGAGAUCAUUCGUCAUCAGCUCAGGAGGCUGUACACCCAGGGCCUGGCCACCUGGCAGUCCUUCAUCUAUAGUCUGUGCAUGGAGCUUACUGUGCCUCUAGACCUGGAGGUACCACUGCUGAGCAUCUGGGGCCAAAAAGACGAAUUCUCUAAGCAGAUAGGAGCCGGUGAGGACAGCCAGCCUGGACCUCCGCUGCACCAUGGUGUCAAGCGCCCUUCUCAGAGCUGUGGGUCCUCCCCCCGCCGGAAGCACUGCAGGAAACAGCAGCUAGAGCUGGCUAAGAAGUACCUGAAACUCCUAAAGACCUCGGCCCAACAGUACCAUGGUGGUGUAUGCACGGGAGCAGGGCAUCCUCAGGCCUCCCCACUGGCCUACGUACCCCCAAUUCUGCAGUGGAGCCGGGCUACAGCACCCUUGGAUGCUCAGGAGGGAGCCACUAUGGGAUGCCCCGAGGCAGCAGAUGACGUUGAUGUGAGCAUCGAAGAUCUCUUCAAUUUCAGGGCCCACAAGGGACCUCGAGUGACAGUACUGCUGGGAAAGGCUGGGAUGGGCAAGACCACUCUGGCCCAUCGACUCUGCUGGAAGUGGGCUAACGGUCAGCUGGACCGCUUCCAGGCUCUGUUCCUUUUUGAGUUCCGCCACCUCAACGCAAUCACACAUUUGCUGACACUGCCCCAGCUCCUUUUUGAUCUGUACCUGAGCCCGGAGUCAGAGUCUGAUGCUGUUUUUCAGUACCUGGGGGAGAAUGCCCAUCAAGUGCUACUGAUCUUUGAUGGGCUGGAUGAGGCACUCCAUGCCGGUUCCGUGGGUUCCGACAAUGCAGGCUCGGUCUUCACCCUCUUCUCCGACCUCUGCCGUGGGACCCUUCUGCCAGGCUGCUGGGUGAUGGCCACCUCUCGUCCUGGGAAACUGCCUGCCUGUGUGCCCACAGAGGCAGCCAUGGUGUACAUGUGGGGCUUUGAUGGGCUGCGGGUAGAGAGGUACGUCAGCCACUUCUUCAGUGAUCUGCCGUCGCAGGAGUUGGCCCUGGCAGAAGUGAGAAGCAACGAGCGUCUCCGGGGUAUGUGUGCAGUACCUGCACUGUGCAGAGUUGCCUGCUUCUGCCUCCGCCGUCUGCUUCCAGGAAGCCCCCCAGGCCAAUCUACGGCCCUGCUAUCCACUGUAACCCAGCUGUACCUGCAGAUGGUGGAGACUUUUAACCCCAGUGGGACUCUGCCUGCCACAUCCUUGUUGGACCUUGGAAAGGUGGCCCUUAGGGGACUGGACACUGGGAAGGUCGUCUUCUCUAUGGCAGACAUCCCUCCUCCCCUGAUGGCUUUUGGAGCUGUCCACAGCCUCCUGACCUCCUUCUGUAUCCGUACCAGUCCUGAGCACCAAAAAAUAGGCUAUGCCUUCGCCCACCUAAGCCUGCAAGAGUUCUUUGCUGCUCUGUAUCUGAUGGCCAGUGACACAGUGGACAAAGACAUGCUCAUCUGCUAUGUCACCCUCAAUUCCCACUGGGUACUGCGGACCAAAGAUAGGCUGGGCCUCUCCGACCAUCUCCCUACCUUCCUGGCAGGCCUGGCAUCCCACACUUGCCGUACAUUCCUUUGCCACCUGGCUCAGCAGGACGAAGCCUGGGUGGGCUCCAGGCAGGCUGCUGUUGUUCAGGUGCUGAGGAAGUUGGCUAGCCGAAAGCUUACGGGGCCAAAGAUGAUAGAAUUGUGUCACUGUGUGGCUGAGACCCAGGAGCUGGACCUGGCGAGGUUCAUUGCCCAAAGCCUCCCCUUCCAACUUUCCUUCCACAAUUUCCCACUGACCCGUGCAGACCUGGCUGCACUGGCCAAUGUUUUGGAACACAAGGCUGCCCCCAUUCACCUGGAUUUUGAUGGCUGCCCACUGGAGCCCCACUGCCCAGAGGCUCUGAUAGGGUGUGGGCAGGUUGAGAAUCUCAGCUUUAAAAGCAGAAAGUGUGGGGACGCCUUUGCAGAAGCUCUGGGCAGAAGCUUGCCUACUAUGGGGAGCCUGAAGACCCUAGGGUUAACAGGAAGUAAGAUCACAGCCCGAGGCAUCAGCCACCUGGUACAGGCUUUGCCCCUCUGUUCCCAGCUGGAGGAAAUCAGUUUGCACGGCAACCAGCUCAAGGACCCAGAAGUGCUGAGUCUUGUGGAGCUGCUCCCUUGCCUGCCGAAGCUCCGGAAGCUUGACCUGAGCAGAAACAGCUUCUCCACGUCAACUCUACUGUCCUUGGUGAAGGUGGCCAUCACGUGUCCUACUGUCAGAAAGCUGCAGGUCAGGGAAUCAGACCUCAUCUUCCUUCUGUGCCCGGUCACAGAGACAGCUGCACAGCCAUCAGGAGCAUCAACCCUACAGAACAAAGAUAGCCUGAAGAAAGAAGAACAGAGCCGGAGCCUGGAACUCAGGCUUCAGAAAUGUCAGCUCAGGGUCCAUGAUGCAGAAACCCUGGUGGAGCUAUUCCAGAGAGGCCCCAGGCUGGAGGAAGUGGAUCUUUCAGGGAACCGUCUGGAAGAUGAAGGCUGUCGAUUUGUGGCAGAAGCUGCUUCACAGCUGCAAAUUGCCAAGAAACUGGACCUCAGUGACAAUGGCCUCUCCAGGACGGGGGUGACCUAUGUGUUGAGAGCCAUGAGCACGUGUGGGACCCUGGAAGAGCUGCACAUCAGCCUGCUGAGCAACACCGUGGUACUCACAUUUGCCCAGGAGCCAAGGGAGCAGGAAAGGAGCUGCAAGAGAGAUGCACCGUUUACCAGCUUUUUGUCUCCUGUGGCCUCUGAGAUGUCCCAGAGCUCUCGAAGGAUCAGGCUGACACACUGUGGCUUCCUGGCCAAGCACACAGACAGGCUCUGCGGGGCACUGAGCGCCAACUGCCAGCUCCACCGCCUGGAUCACCUUGACCUAUCAGACAACUCUCUGGGGGACGAAGGGGUGGCCCUACUAGCCCAGCUGCUCCCAGGACUGAGUCCCCUGCAGUCCUUGAACCUCAGCAGGAACGGCGUGUCCCUGGACGCUGUGUUUGACUUAAUCCCAUGCAUGUCUUCCGUUCCGUGGGUGUUCCACUUAGAUGUCAGCCUUGAGAGUGACCACAUCCUCCUUCGAGGAGCUGGGACUGACAGGGAUGCCCUAGCUGGCAGAUGUGGACCAGAGUUCCCGGCUGGAGCCCCGGAACUGGAGUUCAGUCCGCGCUACAGCUCCAGGAGCUUCUGCCUUCAGGGGUGUCAGCUGGAACCCGGGAGCCUUGCCUGCCUCUGUGCCACUCUGGAGAAGUGCCCAGGGCCUCUGGAAGUCCACUUGUCCUGCAAGACCCUGAGUGAUGAAAGCCUGAAGACCCUGCUAGAGUGCCUGCCCAAGCUGCCCCAGCUCAGCCUGCUGCAGCUGAACAACACCGUCCUAUCUUCAAGAAGCCCUUUCCUGCUAGCCGACGUCUUCAACCUGUGCCCACGGGUUCAGAAGGUCAAUCUCAGGUCCCUCUGCCAUGCUGUCCUGCACUUUGGCUCCAAGGAAGAGCAAGAGGGUGUGUGCUUUGGGUUUCCAGGAUGCAGCCUCAGCCCCGAGCACAUGGAGCCACUGUGUGGUGCACUGAGCAGGGGCACAGUCCUCAGCCAGCUUGACCUCUCUGAAAAUGCCAUCACAGACAUUGGGCUCAGGUGCCUUCUGGAAUGCCUGCCGCAGCUACCCAUCUCUGGAUGGCUUGACCUCAGUCACAACAGUAUCUCUCAGGGAGGGGUCCUGUGCCUGCUGGAGACCCUGCCUUCCUGCCCUCGUGUCUGUGAGAUCUCUGUGAGUCUGGGCUCCAAACAGAGCUUCCGGAUACGCAUGUCCAAAGAGGAAGAAGCCAGAACAACACUGAGGCUGUGUGAGUGCAGCUUCAGCCCAGAACACGUCUCCAGACUGGCUUCUAGCCUGAGCCAGGCCCGACACCUGUCAGAGCUCUCGCUGACCAGGUGCCACUUGGACCUGCCACAGCUGACCCACCUCCUGAAUCUGGUGAAUCGACCAGCAGGGUUGCUGGGCCUCAGGUUGGAAGAACCCUGGGUGGGCCAUGUCAGCUUACCAGACGUGAUGGAAGUCUGUGCCCAGGCCUCAGGAUGUCUCACUGAGUUAAGCCUCUCUGAGACCCAGCAGCAGCUGAGGCUCCAGCUGGAAUUUCGUCACCAAGAAGACAAAUCUGAGGCCAUGGCAAACAGGUUGGCUCACUGUGACCUGGGGACCGACCACAGUCUUCUUAUGACACAGUUGAUGGAGACGUGUGCCAGACUGCAACAGCUCAGCUUGUCUCAGGUUAACUUCAGUGAUGAUGACGACACCAGGUCCAGGCUGCUACAGAACCUCCUGCUGUGUAGCUGUGAGCUCAAGAGCUUCCGGCUGACCUCCAGCUGUGUCAGCGCAGAGAGCCUCACCCACCUGGCAUCUGGUCUGGGGCACUGCCAGCAUCUGGAAGAGCUGGACUUCUCUAACAACUAUCUCUGUGAGGAGAACAUCGAGCUACUGAUGGGAGCCCUUCAGGGGACCUGCAGGCUAAAGAAGCUACACCUCAGUCACUUUCCACUGGAAGCCUCCUCUCUGGCCUUGCUCAUUCAAGGACUAAGCCACAUGACCUUACUGCAGCACCUGAGCUUGAGACACAACCAGAUUGGAGACGUGGGUACCCAGAACCUGGCUGCCAUCUUGCCGAGGCUUCCAGGCCUCAGGAAGUUAGACCUGUCAGGGAACAGCAUUGGCCCAGCUGGGGGAGUGCCGCUGGCGAAGUCUCUCACCCACUGCAAGUGCUUGGAGGAGAUCAUACUGGGCAGCAAUGCUCUGGGGGAUCCCACAGCCCUGGGGCUGGCUCAGAGAUUGCCUCCACAACUGAGGGUACUGUGUCUGCCAUCCAGCCAUCUGGGUCCAGGGGGGGCCCUGUGCCUGGCCCAGGCCCUGGAGCAAUGUCCAUACAUAGAAGAGUUCAGCUUGGCAGAGAAUAACUUGGCUGGAAAGGUCCCACACUUCUGCAAGAGUCUCCCACGGCUCAGAAAAAUUGACCUGAUUUCCUGCAAAAUUGAUGACCAAGCUGCCAAGCACCUGGCCACCAGCCUCAUGUUCUGCCCAGCCCUGGAAGAAAUCUUGCUGUCCUGGAACCUCCUUGGUGAUGAGGUGGCUGCUGAGCUGGCCCAGGUCCUGCCGCAGAUGGGGCAGCUGAAGAGAGUGGACUUGGAGAAGAACCGGAUAACAGCAUGUGGAGCCCAACUCCUGGCUCACGGGCUGGCCCGGGGCUCCUGUGUUCCAGUCAUUCGCCUCUGGAACAACCCCAUUCCUGCCGAUGUGGCCCAGAGUCUACAGAGCCAGGAGCCCAGGAUGGACUUCUCCUUCUUUGACCAGCAGCCCCGGGCUCUCUGAGGAACCUGAUGGACCUCUCAAGACUCUUGGGUCCAGCCCAGUGAUGACCACACCACCCACUGGGAAAGGGGGCUCAGAAGAACUUCAGUUGGUGCCCAGCAUCCUGUGAAUGCCCCAGGAGGGAAGAGGGAAUUUGUCUUGUCACAGUCCUUAGGGAGAACUUUCCUGGGGACUGGGUGCUUUGUUUAACCAAAAGAGGAUCAUACAUCAUACAUGACAUGUGUUACCAGUGGGACAUUGGCACAAUGGGAGUACUAUGACGUAUGAUAUAUGACAGGGAAGGCUAUGGUGCGCUAGGACCUCGACGUAGGAAGGUCAUACUCGUGACAGAAUGGGUCAUAUGUGGCAUUACAUGGAACUUGUAGUGUGGCACCUGGUCAGUGGCUCUUAGCACUGUAAAUGGCAGUACAUGGGACCAGGAAUCCACCUAUGACAUGCUGUUCGUAUCACAUAACACUCAGCUUGCCAAGGGACCACAGGCAAGUUCAAGACCUAAUUUAUUACUAUUUAAAAAACAUAAAGCUAGGCUAAUAGUAUAGGCCUCAUAGCUGUUUAGAAAUCUGAGGCAGAGGGAUGGCAAGUUCAAGGCCAGCCUGGGUAAUUCAAUAAGAGCCUGUCUCAAAAGGUCAAAAAGGGCUGGGGAUACAGCUUAGUGGUAGAGUGUUUGCCUAGCGUGUGUGAAGCCCUGGGCUGAAUGCUCAGUACCUUUUUCAAAAGCAUUUAUAAAAAUAUCUGGAGCAGCUAAGCCAGGGCAUAUUUAUGCCCUGGGCUGGGAUGGGAGAACACUGACUGGCCCAGUAGCCUAAUGGUCAGGGCUGUGGGACAUACCGAGGCCUCAGCAUGAAGCCCCCUCCUGCAAGAGCCUCAGUUCUCCCCUCUGUUAAUUAGGCAGCCCUCCCUUCCAAAGACUUUCAGCCCAGGCUUAGGAGCUAGUUUGAUCCUGGACAGUUCAGGCUCAUCUGUUCUUUCCUGGUAUAAGGUAUGAAGCCAAGCCUAGGGGCUCAGGGAUGGGUACUUCAGGACAUUAGGCCAGGCCACUGGGCCACCCACUACCUCAGCAGGACUCUGAAACCCCUUGAGACUCCACGGCUUUUGUGACUUCCACGAGGGGGGAGGAUAGCCUUACACUCUAAGCAAGUGGUCAAUAAAUGGAGACGGUCUUCCUGCCUGC